AUGUGGAAGCAUGCACGUGGCAUUCUUGAUGAGAUGAUGGAUAGGGGAACAAUACCUGACAUGUCAACUUUUAGGGUUCUCCUGGCAGGAUAUUGUAAGGCUAGAAAAUUUGAAGAAGCAAAAGGUUUGGUUUCAGAGAUGAAGAGCCGUAGCUUAAUUGAACUUUCUUGGUCUGAGGAUCCACUUUCUAAGGCAUUUCUCAUUUUGGGGCUGAAUCCGUUGACUGUGAGGUUGAAGCGAGACAAUGAUGUUAGACUCUCAGAAACAGAGUUCUUUGAUGAUAUUGGAAAUGGACUUUAUUUAGAUACAGACCUGGACCAGUAUGAGAACCACGUUAAUGGGGUUCUUGAAGAUUCCAAUGUACCUAAUUUCAACUCAUUCAUUAGGGAAGAAUGCAUCAACGGUAACCUAAAAAGUGCACUUCUUUUGGUAGAAGAAAUGCUUAGGUGGGGGCAAGAAUUGCUGUUGCCUGACUUUUCAGAGUUAGUGAGACGGCUUUGCUCAUCUAGGUCACAAAUCAAGUCAAUGACCCACCUUUUGGAGAAAAUGCCGCAGUUGGCCUGUAAACUGGACCAGGAAACACUCAAUUUGGUUGUUCAGGCCUACUGCAAGAAGGGCUUACUGAGCAACGCAAAGUUUAUCCUGGAGGAAAUGCUUCAAAGGAAACUUCGUGUCAAGAAUGAGACGUAUACUGCCCUGUUAAUGAGUUUAUGUAAAAAAGGAAACAUGAGGGACUUCCAUAAUUACUGGGAUGUUGCUCAAAAAGACAGCUGGUUACCAGCAUUUUACGUUUUUGAAGAUCUUCUUACUUAUAUCUGUCAUCAAAAAAUGAUUGGGAAGGCAUUGCAGCUUCUUGAAAUCAUGCUGCUAUCAUACCCUCACCAAAGGUCGGGUAUUUGUUACGCAUUCCUUGAAGUAGUCUGUGCUACUGGUUUUUCUGGCUUUGCCCUUGGGUUCUUAGAACAGCUACGGCCUUGGUUUGUCUUGGAUCAUGCUGGUUAUAAUCAUCUUAUUAGAGGUUUGUUUAAGGAGGGGAAGUUUGAUGUAGCCUUUUCCAUAUUAAAUGGUAUGCUGGAUAAAAAUUUGGCACCCUGUUUGGAUGUUUCUGUCUUGUUAAUCGAUCAGCUUUGCAAGGCUGGCUUACAUGACAAAGCUAUAGCAUUGAAAGAUAUUAUUUUGAAAGAGCACUCUGCAUUUUCUACUUCUUCUCAUUGUGCAUUGAUCCAUGGGUUUUAUAAUUCUGGGAACACUGAGAAAGCAGACACAUUAUUUCAGGAUAUUUUGUCGAAAGGACUAAUUCUGGAUUCUGAAGUGUGUAAUAUACUUAUUCAAGCGAGCUUCAAAGCUAAUGAUUUGAGAAAAGUUGGGGAAAUACUUGGGUUUACUAUAAGAAAAAACUUGGUAACCCUCUCAAGUUAUCGGAGUUUGGUGCGAAUGAUGUGUGUGACCGGCAGAGUCCCAGAUGCCCUAAGCUUGAAGAACCUUAUGCUUGAACAAGGUACAUCUGAUGGCCUUGUAUUAUAUAACAUACUUAUAUUCUAUCUUUUGUCAUCUCGAAACAAUUCUCUUGUUAAUAAGAUACUAGAUGAAAUGGACGAGAAGAAAGUUGUACCCAAUGAAGUCACCUAUAAUUUUCUUGUCUACGGAUUCUUGCAUUGUAAAGAUACUUUCAGAUCCUUGCAUUAUUUAACUACUAUGAUUGAGAAGGAACUCAAACCUAGCAGCCGCAGCAUGAGGUUUGUUAUAAGUAGCCUGUGCAAUAUUGGGGAACUGCAAAAGGCCCUGGAAUUUAGUCAAGAAAUGGAAUCAAGGGGAUGGAGUCAUGGUUCAGUCAUUCAAAAUGCAAUAACUGAAGGCCUUCUUUCUCAUGGUAAGAUACAGGAAGCAGAAAAUUUUGUGGACAGGAUGCAGGAGGGGCUUUUAACCCCAGAGAAUAUCAAUUACGAUAAUCUGGUUAAGCAAUUUUGCCAGCAUGGAAGAUUGGACAAAGCGGUUCACCUUAUGAACAUCAUGCUGAAGAAACAUAACGUUCCAACCUCCAGCAGUUAUGACUCUGUAAUUUGUGGAUUCUGUGCACAAAAUAAAUUGGACAGAGCUUUGGAUUUAUAUUCUGAGAUGUUUGUCCAUGAUCUCAAACCAAAAAUCAAAACGCAGGAAAUGCUUUUCCAUUGCUUCUGCCAACAUGGAAGAACAGAAGAAGCAGAACGGUUCCUAAUGGACAUGAUUGAGAAUGGUGAAACUCCAACGAGAGAAAUGUUCUGCUCUGCAAUCAACACUCUCCGCAUGGAAAAGAAUCUUAAGAAGGCAUCAGAGAUGAUGCAGGCCAUGCAGCAAGUUGGUUAUGACCCUGACUUUGAGACACACUGGUCUUUGAUAAGCAACUUAAGUGAUGACAAAGCAAAGCACACUGAUAAUAGAAGCAAGAGAUUUUUGUCAAGGCUUCUUUCUGAAAGUGGCUUUUCUCUGAAGAGACGAUUCAGAACCUAG